CCGGAGGGAGAGGGCGUCAUGUGCGACGUCCUCACCUCGGGAGUCCCAGUGGCUCCCACUGUGGCCACCGCAAUUCGCUCUGGCGGAUUGGCCAGGCCAGAAACUUCGCUCUUCGACGUCCGAAAGCGAGCGACGAGCGGCCGAAACAGACGCGACAUCGCGACAUCGACGGAGGCGCGGCUUCGGGGACGCGAGUUCACGACUCUAACGGAAUAUAUGAUAGACGUCGCCACCCUGGGAGCGCGGCCGAGAGCUAUAAGACCGUGUAGACCAUCGAUAGACCAUCCGCUUUCCCCGAGCUUGAGCCAUGGCGACCUACUACACCCGCCCCCGCCAGCCCCUCGCCGCUACACCCAUUGCCGGCAGCACCGCUCAACGAACUACACAUCAUGACAGCAACGAGACCGAACUCCCCUCGCUGGACAUCGACUUUGGCGAGCAGUCCAUCUACAUCUUCCCCAACCCCUCUUCCGCACCACCGAGCCCUGGCUCCUCGCUCUUCUCCGCCCCGACCGACCUACCCUCCUCCCUGAACUCCUCCACCUCCCCCAUCGACCUCCGCCGCCGCCCACGCGGGCGACACCACGCUUCCAGCUUCUCCGCCCAGACGAGCAGCAGCCGCAGCGGGAGCGCAAGCACCUACCUGCACGUGCACCACCCACUCUCGCCCUCGGCGCCGACCGACAGCGACGCGUUCAUCGACGGCGACGUCGAGGUCGAGCUAUGGGACUGGACGGGCGAGUCCGCGCGCUCCGGCUCCGCGGCGGGCGAGUCCGAGCCGGACUCGUGGGUGCUCGAGGAGGAGGUGCAGCGUGCGGGCCUGAGCCGGUGGGGCCUCGUCGACGAGGACACGCACGUCCGCGGACGGCCGUAUCCGCUGAGAGCGUCGUCGUCCGUGGAGCAUGCGAGGAUCACGCUGGACAACGCUCGCCACCGAUUGAGCCUCGCGCCCCUCCGUUCGCGGACGGUCUCCCGCUCGAGCAGCAACUUCACCUCCGCGAACGCACCCGCGCCGCAACCACGCAUACGCAUACCACUACUAUCCUUCUUCGCUGCGCUGCUCUCUCUGGAUUUGGACGACCCCGCUCUACGCCUCCUCACCCAGCCUGCUCCGGCCGACGGCCAGUCCAUCCUCUUUCCAGGGCACUCCGCCAGCAGCCUCUCACCGCCCUCCUCGGAACCCUCUCCACCAUUCUCCUCUGACACCGCGGACUGCGACCCAGAGAAGCGCUCAGCUUCAACGAUCACGAUCACGCCAGAUCUGUCCGCGAGUGUGCAUGGCCUGCAGAAGCUACUCGCGUCCACGACGGAGCCCGCGGGUGCCGCGCUGCGCUCGCUCCGCGCGGGCCUCGCGAUCCCGGUCGAGAUCAACGUGCCCGGGGUGUCAGUGGCGGGCCUGGCCGGUCUCGUUCGGGCGGUCGGGGAGGUGUACACGCGGGGCGGGCAGGCGUGGAGGGAGGUGUGGGCUGGUGCGUGAGUGAGUGCUAUGUUUUGGCAUUGAACAGAUUGUGGAGUUUCAUAGCGAGUAGGUCCUUCUGAUGUGAUUAUACGAAUGAUGGGCAAUGUUGUCCAUGUUAAAGGCGUUUGGCUUUGUUCGUUUCGUUUGUUUUCUUGACGCUUUCUCUACUCUCGUCACAAGGACCCUGACCAUGAGUGUCUGGAUUGUUGUCUCGCUGUAUCGUAGUAGACCUGGGCUUGUACGCAUACGCACCGCUCAUAUAUGUACGCAACUAAGAUAGAUCAUACAGUAGUACUUCAAGUCUUCUUGUUCAAAUCACUCGACGCCCAUGGGCCAAGGUGUAGGUUCA